AUGUCGGAAGAAUUAGGAAAAUCAUCAUAUGACUGUGACAUCUGCAAAGAGUCAUUCUUAGAAGAAAGUAAACUCAAUCAACACAAACAAAUUCAUGCAGGGGAAGCACCAUAUCACUGUGAUAUCAGUGGUAAAUCAUUGUCUCACAGGAAUAGCUUAACUCAACACAAACGUAUUCAUACAGGAGAGAAACCAUAUCACUGUGAUAUCUGUGGUAAAUCAUUCUCUAAUGGCAGUCACUUAACUCGACACAAACGGGUUCAUACAGGAGAGAAACCUUAUCAUUGUGAUAUCUGUGGUAAAUCCUUCACUUCAGGAAGUAACUUGACAUCUCACAAACACAUUCAUACAAGGAAGAAACCAUAUCACUGUGAUAUCAGUGGUAAAUUAUUGUCUCACAGGAAUAGCUUAACUCAACACAAACGUAUUCAUACAGGAGAGAAACCAUAUCACUGUGAUAUCAGUGGUAAAUCAUUGUCUCACAGGAAUAGCUUAACUCAACACAAACGUAUUCAUACAGGAGAGAAACCAUAUCACUGUGAUAUCUGUGGUAAAUCAUUCUCUAAUGGCAGUCACUUAACUCGACACAAACGGGUUCAUACAGGAGAGAAACCUUAUCAUUGUGAUAUCUGUGGUAAAUCUUUCUCUGAUGCAGGUAGCGUAACUAAGCACAAACGUAUUCAUACAGGGGAGAAACCAUAUCACUGUGAUAUCUGUGGUAAAUCAUUCUCUCAAAGCGGCAGCUUAACUAAGCACAAUCGUAUUCAUACAGGAGAGAAACCUUAUCAUUGUGAUAUCUGUGGUAAAUCUUUCUCUGAUGCAGGUAGCGUAACUAAGCACAAACGUAUUCAUACAGGGGAGAAACCAUAUCACUGUGAUAUCUGUGGUAAAUCAUUCUCUGAUAGCAGUCACUUAACUCCACACAAACGGGUUCAUACAGGAGAGAAACCUUAUCAUUGUGAUAUCUGUGGUAAAUCCUUCACUUUAGGAAGUAGCUUGACAAUUCACAAACACAUUCAUACAGAGGAGAAACAAUAUCACUGUGAUAUCUGUGGUAAAUCUUUCACUGAUGGAAGUAGCGCAACUAAGCACAAACGUGUUCAUACAGGAGAGAAACCUUAUCAUUGUGAUAUCUGUGGUAAAUCCUUCACUUUAGGAAGUAACUUGACAAUUCACAAAAGCAUUCAUACAGGCGAGAAACCAUAUCACUGUGAUAUCUGUGGUAAAUCUUUCCCUGAUGGAAGUAGCGUAACUAAGCACAAACGUACUCAUACAGGGGAGAAACCAUAUUCCUGUGAUAUCUGUAGUAAAUCUUUCUCUCAAAGUGGCAGCUUAACUGUGCACAAACGUAUUCAUACAGGCGAGAAACCAUAUCACUGUGAUAUCUGUGGUAUAUCAUUCUCUCAUGGCAGUAGCGUAACUAAGCACAAACGUAUUCAUACAGGGGAGAAACCAUAUCACUGUGAUAUCUGUGGUAAAUCAUUCUCUCAUAGCAGUGGCUUAGCUACUCACAAAUGGGUUCAUACAGGAGAGAAACCAUAUCACUGUGAUAUCUGUGGUAAAUCAUUCUCUAAUGGCAGUCACUUAACUCGACACAAACGGGUUCAUACAGGAGAGAAACCUUAUCAUUGUGAUAUCUGUGGUAAAUCUUUCUCUGAUGCAGGUAGCGUAACUAAGCACAAACGUAUUCAUACAGGGGAGAAACCAUAUCACUGUGAUAUCUGUGGUAAAUCAUUCUCUCAUAGCAGUGGCUUAGCUACUCACAAAUGGGUUCAUACAGAGGAGAAACCAUAUACCUGUGAUAUCUGUGGUAUAUCAUUCUCUCAAAACACUACCCUGACUACGCACAGACGUAUUCAUACUGGGGAGAAACCAUAUCACUGUGAUAUCUGUGGUAAAUCAUUCACUCAUAGCAGUCACUUAACUGAACACACACGUAUCCAUACAGGAGAGAAACCAUAUUCCUGUGAUAUCUGUGGUAAAUCAUUCUCUCAGAACGGUGUCUUAACUAAACACAAACGUAUUCAUACAGGUGAGAAACCAUAUCACUGUGAUAUCUGUGGUAAAUCAUUCUCUCAGAACGGUGUCUUAACUAAACACAAACAUAUUCAUACAGGAGAGAAACCAUAUCACUGUGAUAUCUGUGGUAAAUCAUUCUCUAAUGGCAGUCACUUAACUCGACAAAAACGGGUUCAUACAGGAGAGAAACCUUAUCAUUGUGAUAUCUGUGGUAAAUCUUUCUCUGAUGCAGGUAGCGUAACUAAGCACAAACGUAUUCAUACAGGGGAGAAACCAUAUCACUGUGAUAUCUGUGGUAAAUCAUUCUCUGAUAGCAGCAUCACUUAACUCCACACAAACGGG